UCUCCCUCCACAAUUCACGUCUCGUGUUCGAUACCCACAACCCUCACGACCUUCUUUCUUCUUCUUCUUCUUCUUCCCCGCUGUCAUUUUAUUAUAAUUUUUUUUGUUUAAAUUUGUCAACUUCUGAUAAUUUUUUGGUUUAACCUUUGUUGAUCUAAGCAAAAGUAUUCCUCUUCCAAGGCACUGUGCUUCCUUUCCCUCUCUGUCUUCUUGGGUUGCUCUAUUAAUGGCGUCUCACUAUGAUUUAUCUGCGAUAAAAGGCGCGAAGGUGCUUAUGGUUGGAGCUGGAGGAAUUGGGUGCGAGUUACUCAAGACACUUGCUCUUUCUGGCUUUGAAGACAUCCAUAUUAUUGACAUGGAUACAAUAGAAGUUAGUAACCUGAAUAGACAAUUUUUGUUCCGAACAAUCGCAUUUUGACUAACUCAUGGAUCAUCUAUAUUUGAUAAGGUUGCUCGAGAAGCAGUCUUAAAAUUUAGACAUAAGAUAAAUAUAACACCGUAUCAUGCAAAUGUGAAGGAUUUUGAGUUCAAUGUGGAAUUCUUUAAGCAAUUUAAUGUUGUCUUGAACGGACUUGACAAUUUAGAUGCAAGGCGGCAUGUGAAUCGACUUUGUCUAGCAGCUGAUGUCCCUUUGGUCGAAAGCGGGACUACGGGUUUUCUAGGACAGGUAACUGUUCAUUUCAAGGGAAAGACAGAAUGCUAUGAGUGCCAGCCAAAGCCAGCCCCCAAGACAUAUCCAGUCUGUACAAUUACUAGUACUCCAUCAAAGUUUGUCCAUUGUAUUGUCUGGGCUAAGGACCUACUUUUUGCAAAGCUGUUUGGAGACAAGAAUCAAGAAAAUGAUCUCAAUGUGCGCUCCAGUGCUGCUGCCAGCUCAUCGGAACACGCAGAAGAUGUAUUUGAACGUAGACAAGAUGAAGACAUUGAACAGUAUGGUAGGAGGAUAUAUGACCAUGUGUUUGGUUAUAACAUUGAAGUAGCUCUGUCUAAUGAAGAGGCAUGGAAAAACCGUAACCGACCACGGCCUAUAUAUAGCAGGGAUGUCCUACCUGAGAAGCUAAGUGAACAGAAUGGAAAUAUUGAUAAAAGUUCUGCAACUGAUGAUAUUUCAUCAGUCUCUGCCAUGGCAUCCUUGGGCCUGAAGAAUCCACAAGACAUAUGGAGUCUCUUGGAAAAUUCAAGAGUUUACCUUGAGGCGACAAAAUUAUUCUUUAUGAAGAGAGGGAAGGAGAUUGGGAACCUGAGUUUUGAUAAAGAUGAUCAGUUGGCUGUGGAAUUUGUUACUGCUGCUGCAAAUAUCAGGGCUGCUUCUUUUGGGAUCCCCUUGCAUAGUCUUUUUGAAGCUAAAGGUAUUGCUGGUAAUAUUGUGCAUGCUGUUGCAACAACAAAUGCUAUUAUAGCUGGAUUGAUUGUGAUAGAAGCAAUCAAGGUGCUGCAAAAGGAUUCCAAGAACUACAGGAUGACAUACUGUGUAGAGCAUCCUACAAGAAAGAUGCUUCUUAUGCCAGUGGAACCUUUUGAACCUAACUCAUCCUGCUAUGUCUGUUCUGAGACACCAUUAACGCUUGAGAUUAACAUUCGCCGGUCAAAGUUGCGAGAUUUUGUUGAAAAGAUUGUUAAGGCCAAACUUGGUAUGAACUUUCCACUAAUUAUGCAUGGGUCAGCCCUUCUUUAUGAAGUUGGUGAUGAUCUUGAAGAGGAUAUGGUGGCAAAUUAUGAGGCAAACCUUGAAAAGGUCCUUUCUGAACUUCCUUCUCCGGUCACUAGUGGGACGGUUCUUACAGUAGAGGAUCUUCAACAAGAGUUGUCUUGCAAGAUCAAUGUCAAGCACAGGGAAGAAUUUGAUGAAGAGAAGGAACCUGAUGGAAUGGUUCUUUCUGGAUGGUCACCAGCUCCCACGGAUAAGGAUGAGAAAAAAUAUAAUGGAAAUGGUGGGAGCACAUCAAAUGCUUUGCCUGCAGAGGCAGAUGAGGCUCCAAUGGUCGUCGAAGUGCAAGAAGUUUCCAAGGACACCAACAGGGGUCCUGCAAAGAAAAGAAAACUUGCAGAAGACAAUGAGCCCAACCCAGGAAGUCUUUCAAGCGUUGCCAACGAAACAAGAAGCACCAAGAAAGUGGAAAAGCUUGACAUUGAAGAUGAUGAAGAUGAUCUUGUUAUGAUUGACAACUGGACUUCGGUCCCCAAUAAGAAAACAAGGUUGCAAUAGGGAUUAGGUUUAGUUUUCGGAGUUUCUCACAUCCUAAUUUUGUACCGAUAGAGAGAAAAAAAAAUGGCGAUUCUUUUGGUUGCUGAUAAUUGUUAUUAGUAUUAGGUAACUUAUGGUAGCCUCUGCUUGAGUUUAGGCACUACUAAUUAGUUUGUCAUCUUCCAGUUGCCAGUUUUCUCUUUUGUGGAUUACAUGUGUAGCAACAAUGUGUAUCCUUUCCAGUAGAAUUAACUCUGCACUGUAAUGCUUAAUGUGAUAUAAUCAAAUGGGUUCUCACAUUUCUUGUUC